AAAGAAAAGAAUCAAAAGACCGUUCUUUUAAUUUACUUCCUUCCUUGGUACAUACUAGAAACCAUACUCUCUCUUUCUCCCCCUAUAUCUCCGACGUGCAUUCAUCUCGAUUCGCCGGUGAUACUUUGACGGCGAAUCUCACCCACCAAUCAAAACAUUUCCCACUUUUUAUUUUCCGCGACUACUUUAAUUAAAAAGGAUCGUUCACCAUUGCUGAAUUUCAAAGGCUUCUCUCAUUUUAUCUGUAACUUGAAGUGUUGCCUUCAUCAGUUGUUCUGGGUUGCUGCUGAGCUGAGAGUUUUAAAGUUUUCAUUUUUAAACACCUAAAGUUUCUUCCUUUAUUUUAUUUUAUUUUAAUUAAACUGAGGAAGAUCUGGGUUUGCGUCAGAUUAAGACGACGAUCGAUCGUGGGUACUUAGAAAAAAAUAGUUUUUUUUUUGAGGUGUGGUUAAUGCUCACAGAGAACCCCAUUAAGUGUUCGAUGAAAUGCCUCUGAGAGAAUCUCUGUGAGAAAGUUAGGUGAUUUAGGAAGAAACGAAACAUGUGUAAAACGGACAAGUUUCUUUACCACAGGAAACUCUGGGAGAUGAAAGUUAGGCUUUUAGGAGAGACCAAGGUUGAGAAACUUAGGAACUCCUUUGUCUCCAGGUCUCGUAUGAGCCUGUGGAUGAUUCGUGCUGUUACCAUAUUGUUGCUCUGGAGCUGUUUCGUUCAUUUGAUGGCUUUGGGAGAGAUGUGGGGGCCUAGAUUGUUCAAAGGUUGGCCGUCUUGUUUCAGUCAACAUGAUCUGUCCACGGUUGAAGAGAUGGGGUCUCUUCCUGCUAAGAUCUCCCUUUCGCCUAAAAGGGUAUACCAGAACAAUGGUUAUCUUAUGGUUUCAUGCAAUGGAGGACUCAAUCAAAUGCGAGCAGCUAUAUGCGAUAUGGUAACUGUUGCAAGAUUCAUGAAUGUCACACUUAUUGUGCCUGAGCUUGACAAGACCUCUUUUUGGAACGAUCCAAGGUGUGUUUGUCAUCACUUUAAGCUUCUUCUUGAGCUCUGUUUUUAUUUUCCUCUCUUAAAUUUGUUUCUUCUUUGGGGCAGUGAGUUUAAAGACAUAUUCGAUGUGGAUCACUUCAUAUCUUCGUUAAGAGAUGAAGUUCGUAUACUAAAAGAGUUGCCUCCAAGGCUUAAGAAAAGAGUUGAGCUUGGAAUGCACCACGAAAUGCCUCCUAUUAGUUGGUCAAACAUGUCUUACUACCAAAACCAGAUUCUUCCACUGGUAAAGAAGCAUAAGGUGCUACACCUUAACAAAACAGACUCACGGCUCGCUAAUAAUGGACUGCCUGUGGAGGUCCAGAAGCUGAGGUGCAGAGUGAAUUUCAACGGGCUUAAGUUUACUCCUCAAAUUGAAGAAUUAGGUAGACGAGUAGUCAAUAUUCUGAGAGAGAAAGGUCCCUUUCUCGUCCUGCAUCUCAGAUACGAGAUGGAUAUGUUAGCAUUUUCCGGUUGCUCACAUGGUUGCAACCCUGAGGAAGAAGAAGAACUAACAAGAAUGAGAUAUGCUUAUCCAUGGUGGAAAGAGAAAGUCAUAAACUCUGAGGUGAAGAGGAAAGAAGGCCUUUGUCCGUUAACUCCUGAGGAAACUGCUCUCACGCUGACUGCGUUAGGCAUUGACCGUAACGUUCAACUUUACAUAGCUGCUGGUGAAAUCUACGGUGGUGAGAGGCGGAUGAAGGCUUUAACAGACGCUUUUCCAAAUGUGGUCCGGAAAGAAACAUUACUUGAUUCCUCUGAUCUUGAUUUUUGUCGGAACCAUUCAUCUCAAAUGGCUGCACUUGAUUACCUAGUGGCUGUUGAGAGCGAUAUAUUUGUUCCAACUAAUGAUGGGAACAUGGCAAGAGUCGUUGAAGGUCAUCGCAGGUUCUUGGGAUUUAAGAAGACAAUUCAGCUGAAUAGGAAGUUCCUAGUUAAGUUGAUAGAUGAAUAUACCGAAGGGUUGUUGACUUGGGAUGUGUUCUCGUCCAUGGUGAAGGCGUUUCACUCUACUCGAAUGGGAAGCCCGAAGAGACGGUUAGUGAUUCCCAAUAAACCGAAGGAAGAAGACUACUUCUACGCCAACCCGCAAGAAUGUCUGCAGCUGUUAGAUGAACCAUUGAGAGUCAUUUGAAGAAGGUGACUUCACCAUUGGGGAGAGAACGGCUGAAAAUUUGUGUUAAAAGCCUUAGUUUACAGUCUGAAAGAUGAAGUUACAGUGUGUUUUUUACAGAUUUAAGUUACUUAGGGUUCUUGGUGAAUAGAUUUCUGAAAAAGCUUCCAUGGAUGGAGAGGAAAAAAAUGUUGAUUGAAGCUUACAUUGUAUAGUUUGGCAUCCAUGGCCUUGUCAGUUUUGUUAGCUAAAAAUAAAAAGUGCCGUUUUAUGUAAUUAAAGUUUGGGUACAUUUAUAUUAUAUAUUUCAGAUUAUUA